AUGGCGUUAUCCGAAACAUCCCGUAUCUCAACACCGCGUUCUCCCACAGAAACCGGUCCUUCACCCCGUCGGACCGCGCUCCCAUCACGGCCCACCUCCGUCAGAGACCUUGGAGUUAUGACACAACACUUAAGGCACGAUGAGUCUGUGCUUCGCGAACAGCAAGCUCAACCCGUUGGAGACGGUGGCGUUUCGCCAACACCAACCCACGCCUCAAUGACAACGUCUGUCCCGCCAAGUCCAACACGGUCCACAGCUGAAAGCCCAUCAAAUCCAGGAAAACCGCAAGCUGGCCCAAACCAAGGAUACACGGGUCAGGUUUGCAGUAACUGCGGCACAACUCGAACACCGCUCUGGCGCCGUUCGCCACAAGGCGAGACGAUCUGCAAUGCAUGCGGGCUGUAUUUGAAAGCAAGGAAUGCGUCCCGCCCGAUCAACCUUAAACGACCCCCCGCUGCGCCCGGAAGCGCCGCCAAACCAUCACAAGUCAAACUGUCCCCUAAGGCUCAGGUCCCCCUUUUGCCCAACGCUCCAGUGGCGAAGUAUGUAGCCGCCGACCAGACACCGUCCGGCUCUUGCCCAGGUGGUGGAAGAUGUAAUGGUACGGGCGGUGCCGAGGGAUGCAGCGGUUGCCCGGCGUACAACAACCGUGUUUCAAAAAGCGCAAGCAUAAGUGUUUUAAAAUGCCAAGGCGCGUCUAAACCACCAGUCGGCGGCCCAGACGAUCCGACGCCGAUAGAUAUUGCAGCCCUGCAAAUUCAGAACCAAAAUACGACGGUUGUCAUUGCGUGCCAAAAUUGCGGAACUACCAUUACUCCUCUUUGGCGAAGGGAUGAGGCGGGCCACACAAUCUGCAACGCCUGCGGGCUUUAUUAUAAACUGCACGGCGUACAUCGGCCCGUCACGAUGAAGAAGUCCAUUAUUAAGCGAAGGAAACGGGUCAUACCCGCUGCGGGUGCCGGUCAAGACUCGGAAAGCGUGACGAGCGAGCGAGCGGAUUCGCCCCCUUCGGAAAACGACAUGCCCAGGGAGAGGGGGUCGAUGAACGAGGAUGGAUCUGUGAACCUUGGGUUCCGACGACAGCCACAGCCGCCUCUAGCACUGGUCCCCGAGGAUGUUCUAAUACAGAACCGGCAAACGUCCCCACUACCGUCGAGCGGGUUGGGACAAUAUCAUUCAUCCCAUCAAUCCCAGCCCCAACACCACCAAAUUCCUGAUUCCCUUAUCAACGAAAACCGACUUGCGCCGCUCACAUCGAUUCCGGUGGGGAAUGACCGACAGUCGUCCUUAUCACCGGCUUCUUUCUUGUCGCCCCCACAGAAACGGUCGUUCUCUGCUGCGGAAAUGGAGCCUCAGAACCAGAGCGAUAGCGACCAACCGAAGCGCCUCUCAUCCAUUCGAUCGAUUCUCAACCCCACUGCUAUGAGUCCCGGCCCUGAUGAUAUGCACAAUCAGCGUCAUGGUUACUUCUCUACGCCAGGAAGUACCGCGGCUUCUUCGCCCAGUUCAGGAGUAUACCCUCCCACAAACAGCCAUACGUUGGCCCCACAACGACUUUCGAGCCCGCCUGGGGGCCUCGGCCGUGAGGGUGACAAAGCCAAGGCGGAGAAGCGGGCCAUUCUGGAGCGUGAAAGAGAGAUGAUGCGAGAAUUGUUGGCGGCGAAGGAAAGGGAACUUGCUGAGCUGGGCGGAUGA